AUGAAAGUUUUUAUUGCACUUUUUGCUUGUGUUGUGAUUGCUAGUGCAGCAUUCACUAAGAAAAGUCCUGAAGAUUUACUUCGUUUCCGUAAAGAAUGUGAUGCACCAGAUAAUUUAAAUAUUCCACAAGAGCUUCAAGAAAAAUAUUCAAAAUUUGAAUAUCCUGAUGAUGAAUUAACACAUAAACAUAUAAAAUGUGUUGCACUUAAAUUUGAAACAUGGAAUGAAAAUGAUGGUUAUGUUCCCGAUUUAAUGUUACAACAAUUUGGUGAUGAUAAAAAACCAAUAUUAGAAAAAUGUUUAACAAAACGUAAUCCAGAUUGGACUGCAGAAAAAUGGGCUUGGAAUGAUUGGAAAUGUUUGGUACAAAACGGAAUUUCUAAAUAA